GUUAUUUGUUGUCAUCGUUCUUCCUCACGGCCUAAGACUUACGAUUAGCAUAUUAACGCGUUUACAGUAUGCCGGGAAAUUGUAUUUAUACUAUUAUUGUGGAAGUUUAAUUAAUACACAGUUGUUACAAGAGAAACAUAUUUACUCUUGUUAUCAGCAUUAGUAACUUGUUCAACGGCCGGCACGAUAAAGGAACAGUUAGAAGAAGAUUAUGCAACAGUUAAUAUUGGACAUUGGUAGGAAAAAACUGUGUUAGAUAACGGUUCAUCGUUCAUACAUUCGUGCGAGAGCUCUUUUGGUGGCAGUCACGCGUCAUCGUGCUAUCUGGAGACGUGAACGAUCUGACGUAUCGUUGGUGGAUCAACGAUGGAACAUAUCAUAUGUUGCAUACAAAUCAUAAUACUGAUCGUCCUUCCUAUUUGGAUAUAUCUCUGGUUCGACAAGCGCAAAAUACAUCAACUCUCGCAUUAUCUAGGUUUUGAUAUAGAAUUUUCUCUGAAAUUAUGGUGGGCACGCUGGUGCAUCUCUAAGGAGAAAAAGGCGAAAAAUAAAUUUAAUAACGACGAGAUUACGUCCAAUUUGAAAGAGAUAUUCAAUCCAUGCCCGGAUAACCCACGAAUUAUCAUGGAUGAGAAUAGUUGCGACAGUGUAUUUUUCUAUGGUGUGGAUCAGAAAGGUAAUUCGUUAUUUGUUAAGAUGAAUCAUAGAGGAUAUCGUAUAACGGAAUCAGCUUUGCAAGUGACCUUGUCGGAUGGCCGAGUUUAUGUGUUACCCGAUCACCUUCAUACGGUUGCGACAGACGGUACUGGCCAGAAAUGGUCUUCUUCGGGUCUAAAAAUUGAGAUAUUGGAACCACGAAGACGUUGGAGAAUUACUUACAACGGUCUCCUCCGUAAUCAAUGCUUUAACGACGUACUUAGCGACGACAACGUGGAACAUAUUCGUUUAAAUUUUAUAUUUAUCGGGAGUUCUCCGUUUGAAUGGCCGGGUGACUGGAGCACUCAUUUGCACGCGGCCGCUUUGGCGCACGAGCCAUGGAAAGGUCCUGAAUGGAUGCACAAAAUCAAAUUACUGGACUAUACGGGUUUUGAUCAAUGGGGCUCAGCCAUCGGACAAGUAACGUUCAAAGAUUCCACAACCAGUGCAUUGUACUUACGUGGGUUUUGUCAGCGACGUUGGAGCAAACACGAAAGUGAUCAAUUUCAUCGAACGGUCACAUUUCUCGGCGUAGCAGCAUCAGGAGCCAUGUACUACCUUGGCGUGAGCAGAACCAAAAAUAGUUUUUCAUACAUGCAAUUUGGCCAUGUGAACAAUACGAACGAAACGCAAUCUAAAAUCAACUGGACGGAUCUGGAAAUGGAGGACUUUGAGAAGCAAGGAGAUUAUGUGCCCGCGAACUACAGGAUUAAAUUUCGAGCGGAUGAUGCCGAAUACGAUACCAUUAUUAAUCACACAGGAAGCGACGCGAUAAAUUAUUACAAUGGACAACCGUGGCGUUGGGCGAUCACAGUACGCAAUUUGCGUAUAAAACUGAACGGCAGUAAAGGUGCUGGAGUAAUGAUUACGUGCCAUCCGUACAUCGGACCGAAUGAAAUCAAAGUAUCGAUUGCGAGAAUUCAGCACUUGAAACGACCAGAAGCGUUUGUGCAGAAGUCUAGUUUCAUCCUACACUUUGCUGAUAAACAAUGUCAGAAUGAGAGUGUCGUUGGUGGAAAGGGAUAUUCACUUGCUGCUUUAACGUCCAUCACGACCAAUGAUUUCGUGAUACCCCGAGGCUUUUGUGUAACGAGCUUUGCUUUGGAGUGGCAAUUGCGGCAUGACAAACAAUUACGAGACAUGAUUGCUGAUAUAGUAGAUAUCAGUUGCGGUAAAAAGGAGGGGGAUCUUAAAAAUUAUUGUGAAAAAACAGUAUUUGUCAUUCAAAACACAUCUGUCGAGGAGCAAGUGAGACAAGCUAUACUGGAGGCUUUGAAGAAGUUGGAGUCAGACGACAAGAAUAAUAGAAACGAAACAAAUAUAGACAAUCGAUACGCUGUGAGAUCCAGCGCUAUUGGAGAAGACAGCGAGGAAACUUCGGCCGCUGGUCAGAAUUCGACGUAUUUAGGUGUACGCACCGCCGAUAACGUUGUUGAGAGCGUUGCCAAGUGUUGGGCUAGUCUGUUUUCAUAUCAGAGCGUCGAGUACAGACGACAGAAUGGACUGCCGAUAAAAGCGUUUAUGGGCGUCUGCGUUCAGAGAAUGGUCGAUGCGGAAGCGGCUGGUGUUAUGUUCACCAGGCAUCCCACGACUGGAGAUCCGUCCAGCAUUAUUAUUACAGCCAAUUACGGCUUGGGAGAGACGGUGGUAUCAGGGACGGUCGAGCCGGACACCUUGACGAUUCACAGAAAAUGGGACAAUUCCCUAACUGUAAGUGCUACGGUGCUGGGUAAUAAAGGACACAAGAUAUCAUUGAGCGACAACGGCGUGAUCAUGAAUAAUCUCAGUAAACGAGAAACUUUGAAAAUCUCGAUAACGGACGCAACCGCUCUACGACUGGCCAAGAUAGGACUGCAUUUGGAAUCUUUCUUUGGAUCUGCUCGAGAUGUAGAAUGGGCAGUUGUCGGCGAGUAUAUCUAUCUGCUACAAGCACGACCCAUCACCACUAUCAACGCUUGGACGGACUUUGAGCUAAUACACGAGCUAGAUUCGGGUGUGCCCGCUGACGUCGAUCUCAUGACUUUCGCCAACGUUGGCGAAGUAUUGCCGCGCCCUGUUUGUCCCUUGUCGAUCGAUACCAUUUUAAGAGUUUUAAAUCUGUCGAUAGGCUUGAAGAGUUUCGGUUACGAUUGCAAUUAUCUCCAUAUGGUCGGUAUGAGAUGCGCUAUGAAUUAUUGCAUCACAUCCUUGCGAACUAUUGGUAAAAAGAUUACGAUGGCGAAUAAAAUGGCGGACAUAGCCGUUUGCGGCCGCGUGAUAACGACUCCUGAAGUGCAUAAGACCGCAGUGGAGAAACUCGGUGUCGCCGGCGUAAAGCAGAAGAUGCACGAAAUCAGCAAUAUGUUCAAAUGGGCAUGGAUAAACGAGCGAAUUGUAAAAGAUGCUACCAACGUGUAUCGCAAAUACGAACUAAAUGCCAACGAAUUCGAGACAGCCUCUGAACUAUAUAAUGUUAUUAACAAGAAAUACGAAGAGAUCUUUUUGCUAGGAAUGUAUCAUACUCACACAUCGAGAGUGAGCGUCUGUUAUCAGAUGCUAGCGAUGUCGCUUUUGACGGCGAAAAGUGAAGAUAUCACACCCGAACAUAUCGCGGAUAUUGCUAUUCUGUUGAGUUCCUGCACCGAUGUUAUCAGCACCGAAGUGCCGAUAGCUCUCGGCAAAAUAGCAGCGUGCAUUCGGAAAAGUGGCAAGGCGGAAAACUUUGCCAAGGUCGAAACAGCAAGUGCUGUAGACUGGUUAAAGUCUAAUUGUCCUUUAGCUGCGGAAAAACUACAGGCCUUUUACGAUAAACACGGUCAUAGAUGCGUUCAGGAACUGGAUUUCAUUUCGGAACCGUGGAUACUUAAACCUGACAGUAUCAUUAGCACGAUACAAUCACUGGCAACAUCCAUCGAAGAGAAUUACGUGAGCAAAACGCUCAGCGUUCAAGAAACCAUAGCGUCUCUGAAAACACCCAUGCUCUCGUUCACCAAGUGGGUUCUACAAAAGGUGAUACCCCUUUCUCGUAAAGCUGUUACCCGCAGAGAAAUGACGAAAAACUUUGCGGUGUCCGCUGUACAUAAAAUGAGAAUGGCUUAUAGACGACUUGGUACUUUGAUGGUGAAGGAAAAUCACAUACCCGAUGAAAGUCUCAUAUUUUUCCUGACGAACCAUGAGAUUGCGCAACUUUUGGACAACCAUUGCAAUCCAUUAAUCGUGCGAAAGGCGUUACGUAGAAGGAAACUUUAUCAUCAAGUAUCAAAGGUGGAGUAUCCAGAGUUUUGCGUCGGUAUGCCCAUGCCAAUACAGAAAACACUUGACGCCGCAUCUUAUGAAAGCAGCACCAAAGUUGAAGGUACCUCGGUUUGCGGCGGUUCUAUAAUGGCCAGAGCAUGCGUAAUAACGGAUCUGUCUGAGGCGAAAAGUAUACAACACGGAGAUAUUCUGAUCACACAUUGUACCGACAUCGGUUGGAGCCCGUACUUUCCGCUAUUAGGCGGCAUCGUAACGGAAUUAGGUGGUCUUAUAAGUCAUGGUGCUGUCGUGGCGCGAGAGUAUGGUCUUCCUUGCAUCGUUGGAGCCAAACAUGCAACGCAAAUUUUUCAAACGGGUGACACUGUAUUGCUAGCUGCGGAUGUUGGUACGUUGCAAUUAAUUGAGAAGGUCUAACAUAUAGCAUCUCUUUCUCUCGUCCAACUUCCUGCUUCUCCUCCUUCUCUUUCUCUCUCCUUUUUUUACACACAUUUGUUAUUUUAUAUAUAUACAUAUAUAUAUAACGGUCGUACAUUUUCUUUUUUUAUUACUCGAAGCUUCAUGUGCGAAUUUUAUUGUGCUUUUACUUUACUCGUGCAUUUUGGCUUUUAUCACGUAUUAUCACGUAAGAGAUGGAAGAGACGACAUCGUGGACAGCGAGAAAGUCUGUUCUACAACGGACGCUGAACGUAAGUUGCGGCAGGGAUAAAUCAGGUUUAAGUUUUUGCGUUCCGUGUCCAUUGUAUAGUAUAUCGCGUAGAUAAUUCAUAUAUUGAUAGAAUGUUGAAUAAAUUAUAACACAUACCCGCUGAUCGUCAAGAUACUUUGGUCAUUGCGCGUUAUACGGUGGUAACGCGUUCGGGAUCUGCUGUCAGGUAACGAAUAUUUUCCGUUCCUUCGCUGACAAGACACAACAGUUGUAGUCGCAUGCACGUAGUGAUCUUUGACAAAAGGGCGUCUAUUCGCGUGUGAUCUUCCCUGUUCGCUGGUUGCGGUAUCGCGUCCAGAGCUUCUUCGAAAAAACUUCUGUUUCGCGCAAGAUGGGCGUUUAGAUCAUAAUCAAUUUUAAUUUGAUAAACUUUUCUGUUGUUUAAAAGACGGUUCUUACCUCGCUCUGCUCGUACUGUAAGCCUGCAGAGCGUUUCUCAAAAGUAUUAUGUCCGUUCGUGCUUGAAUAACUCCAGCUGGACGAAACUGCGUGACGCACGACAUGAGCCGUGCAAGUUCCUCCGCUAUAGUCUCCACUAUGUGAGACAGAAUCCGCUCCAACAACGCCGGCGCAACUCGGCGUACCUACAGAGAGAAGAAGAAAAUGUAAAAAAAAAAAUCUCACCAAAUAUGAUAAUAUAUUCUGAACUUUGCGCCACGCGAUGAAAAUUCGAUACCUCCGCAUGGACCGCGAUUAAGUUUGCCAGUAUCUCUUGGGCGUACGGCUUUAAAUGCGUCGGCUCAGCAUCGAAGUCCCAUUCCAAACCGCCCAAGUACAUGCUAGGUUCAAUCGUACCAACAAGCGGAUCGCAACGUCGUUCUAGAUAUGCAUCCAGAACGGCGUUAUCCAGCGUCUUUAACUGCGUCCAAUCUGAAUUCCAUCCGACCGCGGUGGAUAAUUCCGGGUAGCCUUGGACUUUUAGAAACUCGCCAAUUCUUGGUAAAACGGCAUUUAGUGUGUAUCGUAUAUUGCUCAGCGAUAUUAAAAGACACUGCUCCCAUGUCUGUGUAUGUGUAAUGAGAAAUUUA